AUGUACUUAUCUUCAAGUCGAAUCUUAAGUACUCGUGGCCUGCCUGAGCCCGUCCUUCCAUGUCAACGAACUUCCUUAAUGUUAUCAGCCUUGAUUUCACGGGCAGCUGCGAUAUUCUCUGCUAAGAAUAUAUAUCUCAUUAUCCGUAGAUUUCUCCGAGAUAGUGUUGAACUAGUUGCUUCGGUGAACAUUCCCAUUAUAACAAAUACCAAUCUGUUGCAAGCUACGCAGACGUUUUCGUUUAACGAUGAUCAACUGCUUACAGCAUCAGAUUCAUCGUCCAUAGGAAAUCUCCAGGCACCCAGGUUCAUUAAAGGUCUAGAAAAUCAAGUAGCAACUGUUGGUAAAUCCUUACAGUUUAAAUGUAUAGUGAUUGGUACACCAACACCAACUGUCAGGUGGUUUGUCGAUGGCGACGAGAUUUUUGACUCAAGCAUAUAUGAAACAAUAUAUGAAGAUGGUGUGUGCAUAAUGAAAAUUCAUGAAGCUCUUCUGGAAGAUGAGGGUGAAUAUUCGUGUGAAGCAUUAAAUAGUGCAGGACACGCAAUUACAAGCUGUUUUGUCCAAACUACAACUGAAGAAAAUAUUGAAAAAAUAUUCGGUUGCGAAUUGAUCAUCGACGAAAAAAGCGCUUGUAUAAAAAACACUCUAGAAGAAACGAGAGAUACGUUGAUAAAACCAUGCUAUAACUCUGAAAAUUUUGAAUAUAAUAUUGAAAAUACAUCAAAUUUUUCUAACGAGGACAAAACCAUUUUUGAAUCAUUUUCCGUAACCAAUAUAGCAAUUAUUCAUCAUCGGCAUUAUAUGAGCAUUAAUAAAACAAUUGCGAUUAAUUCAUUUCAACCUUCAAUGAUCCAGAAAAAGUCAUAUAUUGCUAGUGCAAUUGAAUUGCAUUAUAUAGAUCUUAUUGCAUCCAUGAAAGGCUCUACAAUUGCUGGAGUUUGUGAAUGUAUAUUUUGGACGUUGAACAAGGCGAAUAUUUUUUGUCUUUUUAAUGGGAUAACGAACCAGAAAGAAACCAUUUAG